GUGAGACGUUCGACACGAAAACCUUUUUUCUGUUCAUGAUUUAGCCCUAGAAUCGGAAGGGGGGAAUUGGGAAAUCAAUCUGCAAAUCCACCGCCACCGGUGUUCAAUUUGCAAUUCACUUGUGGAAAUCGGAAUCUGUUGAAUUUCAAUUCGAUUUCGAGGGGCGAUCGCGCGGAUUUGGUUUCCCGUUCGGGAUAGCUAUUCAAUGAUAACUCGGUCGAAGCUUGUGGAGCAGCUGAGAGAUUACCAGAUCCGAUCCCAGCACAAGUGCCCCUCCCUCACUGUCUUCUCUCCCAAGCCCCUCCUCUCCACCUGGAUAGAUGUCGCAGUAGCCGUUUUCUGGGCCUCAAUCUGCGCCACGCUGCUAAUUUCGUCAUAUGUUGCCCUUUACUUAACACACUACUGGAUUUCCUUCUUCCUCCUAUGCAUCACCAUCCUCGUCCCUGUCCGUCUGAGAAUUUCAAGGCUAUCAUUUGCCAGGAAACGGGAUAGAAGAUUAUUACUACCUUUGUCCAUGUGAUUAUUGACUCACACAUGAUGGAGAAUACAAUCUCGAGGCACACAAAGCUGCAAUGUAAGAAACACGGUAGGCCUCUCUGCAAAUUCUCUUCGGCAUCAAGAAAUAGUUAAUGGCAAGUAAAGUCCAAAUUGUGAUGCAUGUGGGAAAGAAGCAUAAAAGAUUUUGGUACUAUUCUGAUUGCACUUAUUUAGACAGACUUUAAACAUUAGGACAACAUUCUUAUAUUCCUAACUGACUGUAUAUAUAUAUAUAUAUAUAUUACAUACAAUAACUGAAGAGGAAAACUAAAAACAUUUGCUGAUAUGUAUGUUCUUACAGGGUUUUGGUUCCUUACUAAGUAUUAACUUUUAGUA